CGCCGCGGUGGCCGACCGUCCCGGGGCGACACGUCCUGGGAGCGCCGGACGGAAGCGCCGCUGGGACUGACACGUGGACUUGGGCGGCGCUGCCCGCGUGGGCUUGCUGGCGGGAGCCGGCUCCGGACUCGCUGCGCCCGAUGCAGCCGACGCGGCCGCCCCCAGACCAGGCCCGCGGGGAGGCGGCGGAGGACGCCCACUGGUCCAGGCCCGAGUGCCAGGCGUGGACGGGGACGCUGCUGCUGGGCACCUGCCUGCUCUACUGUGCGCGGGUCAGCAUGCCCAUCUGCACCGCCUCCAUGAGCCAGGACUUCGGCUGGAACAAGAAGGAAGCCGGGAUGGUGCUCAGCAGCUUCUUCUGGGGCUACUGCCUGACCCAGGUCGCCGGCGGCCACCUGGGGGACCGGAUCGGGGGUGAGAAGGUCAUCCUGCUGUCGGCCUCGGCCUGGGGCCUCAUCACGGCCGCCACCCCGCUGCUCGCACACCUGGGCAGCGCCCACCUGCUCUUCAUGACCUUCUCCCGCAUCCUCACGGGCCUGCUGCAAGGGGUGUACUUCCCCGCGCUGACCAGCCUGCUGUCCCAGAGGGUCCGGGAGAGCGAACGUGCCUUCACCUACAGCACCGUGGGGGCCGGCUCCCAGGUCGGGACGCUGGUGACGGGGGCGGUGGGCUCCCUGCUCCUGGACUGGUACGGCUGGCCGAGCGUCUUCUACCUCUCUGGCGGCCUCACCCUGCUGUGGGCAUGUUACGUGUACAGGUACCUGCUGAGCCAACAAGAGUUCGUCCGGGCCUUGGACGCUUUGGUGCGAGGCCUGCCCGUGUCCAGGCACACCAGAGUCCCCUGGAGACAGCUCUUCCGGAAGCCUUCUGUCUGGGCGGCCAUCUUCUCCCAGCUCUCCUCCGCCUGCUCCUUCUUCGUCCUGCUGUCCUGGCUGCCCACCUUCUUCAGGGAGACCUUCCCCAGCUCCCAGGGCUGGGUCUUCAACGUGGUGCCCUGGUUGGUGGCAGUGCCGGCCAGCCUGUUCAGCGGGCUUCUCUCUGACCACCUCAUCAGCCAGGGUUACAGAACCAUCGCCGUGCGGAAGUUCAUGCAGGUGAUGGGCCUCGGCCUGUCCAGCGUCUUCGUCCUGUGCCUGGGCCACACCUCGAGCUUCUGCAAGUCCGUUUUCUUCGUGUCGGCCUCCAUCGGCCUCCAGACCUUCAACCACAGCGGCAUUUCUGUGAACAUCCAGGACCUGGCGCCAUCCUGCGCAGGCGUCCUCUUUGGUGUGGCCAACACAGCGGGAGCCUUGGCAGGUGUCGUGGGCGUGGGCCUGGGGGGCUACCUGAUCGAGACCACCGGCUCCUGGGCGUCCCUGUUCCACCUGGUGGCCGCCAUCAACAGCCUGGGGCUGUGCAGCUUCCUGCUGUUCGGGAAGGCCCAGAGGGUGGACCUGGGCCCUGCCCACCAGGACCUCUAGCCCCGCCCUGGACGGCCCCCGCUCACCGGGCACCGUCGGCCUCAGGGUGAAGGGCUCCGAGUCAGAGCCUCUUCCUCUUGUGGCCUGUGACAGAGGGGCUGAGCCUCAGCGGGGUGGCGGGGGGAGGUGGCCGGCACCAGCACCUGGCUCUGGUCGGGCCUCCGCUUCCCCUCUGCCCAGUGUCCCCCGGGCAGCUGCCCCUGGGCGAGGACCCCAGCUCUGAGCAGUGGGCUCCGGCCCUGUGGCCGUCUUUGGGGCCCCCACCCCCGGCACCCCCUCCCGGGGAUCCCUGGACACGGGCAGUGCCCACGACGUUCCC